AUGGCGAGCUGGGUCCUGUGCAUGGCCCUGCUGCUGACAGCGCUGGCAGGGGCGGUACGCGAGAGCCGCUAUGGGAAGUUCCUGCGGCAGCACGUGGACCACCCCCGGACAUCUGUGCCCACGGCACACCGCUACUGCGAGAUCAUGCUGGCGCGCCGGCAGGUGACGGUCCCGGGGCAGCCCUGCAAGCGUUCCAACACCUUUGUGCAUGCACCGGCCGCGGAGGUGGUGGCUGCCUGCGCCCAGGAGCCCGAUGCGGAGGGGUUUUGCACCUACCGGGCCCUGCAGCUCCAGCACCACGUGCGUGUCUCCUGCCUUGGCGGGCUGCCCGUGCACCUCAAUACAACCUACCCACCCCCCCCGUGCCCCUGA